CUGGGCUCGUCUCUCGACCCGUGUGGAAGUCCCGUCGCGCGCUCCCUCUCGUCGCCGCUUUCUCUCUCGAUAGUUUCGUGUUUACCUGUCCGAGUGUCUAUGAAAUACUUCACCGUUUCUGUACCAUCAGACAAACAGUCCCAUCCAUUCCGGUUCAAAAGUUGGGCAGUUUCCGUCGACGGAAAUCGCCGCUCGAGUCAUCUCGUAAAUCAAAAAUCAGAAAAAUUGUUAUAAUAAGAGAGCGACUAUCAGGAUAAUUGUUGCCGUGAGCGCACGCCCGCCUCUGAGUGUCUGUCAGUGUCGUCUUAUGCGUGAUGGUUACAGUCUGUCGAGAGUUUUUCAAAACGAAAAAGGGAGAAAAAGAAGUUACUGUGCUGUCAUCGUCAGCCAAUCAAGCUGCGAGUUUUCUUAACGAGCUUGGCCGGAGUCUGUGUCGCAUCGUUACCGCGCCACAGUUCCCGACGACGACAACAACAACAACAACAGCACAACAGUAGCAACGAAACAGCGGCAGCAGCAGCUAGUAUUAGCUAUAUAGUAUUUCUCUCCCUAGACCGCCGGGCCCAAAAGUGAGUGUGCGUCUGUACGUAUAUGCGCUGAUCAGAGCGACUGGUCUGGCGUUGAAGGCUCGUCAUAAUGACUUGUCGAUGACCUUUGACACAGACUGAAGCAGCAACAGUGAUUGUGUGUGGACCGAUGGUGAUUGAUUGAACUAGGUAAUUGAAUUGUGCCUUGCUUUAUCUCUGGCCUGACACGAAACAAACAAAUCAAUAACACAGACAGACAGAUACAAACAACGUUUCACCGUACAAGGAAGACAAGAACAAAAAAAUAGAAAGAAACAAAAAAACAAAGUAAACGGAAACCAAAUAGGCGGAAAACAAAAUGAGGAUAUCGACUAGUUAUUUCGCCGUCUUUUUCGUCGCCAUCGCUUUCCGGUGGUGUUGUUUUGCCACCGUCUUCGGCGGCGUACCUAUUUUCGAUGAAAACGUGUGGGCGCACGGUUUAGUGCCGGGCCAUUCGGAUUCGUCGGCCGGGGGAGCGCCGGCUGUCGAGGAUUACGACUACGACGGCAGCUACGAUUACGACGGCAAUCCCAAGACGAGCGCCUCCGCCAACUCGACAAGGAGCACUAGUUCCAGACCGCUGGCCAGCAGCUCGACGACAGAGGCGCCACCCGACAAACCAGGCACUCUCCGGAUGUUGAAAUCAUUGAGCAACACGACUCGCGAGAGUGGUGAAAGUGUCAAACUGCGGUGCGAGGUGUCGGGCGACCCGCCACCAAACCGCUUCCGCUGGUACAAAAACGAAGCGCCCGUCCUGGAGGAGAAAGGCCGGGUGGUCGUCCGAAAGUAUCGCACCGGAUCGUCCAUCCACGGCAGCAGACUGCGCAUCUCUGACGUCGACACCCACGACACUGGCUACUACAAAUGCGAAGCCUCCAACGGCAAAGAACGCGUCGAGUCCACCGGCAUCGUCAUCGUCCGUAUGGGCACGCCAGUGGGUCAAUCGGGUCCAGUACCAUCUUCACCCAACUUUCAGCAGCCAUCCUUCCCGUCUUUCGGGGGAGUUCCCGUCAGUUUGCCCGGACUGCCCAAGGAUUUCGUGCCCAAAGAUCCCAAACUCCUACUUCCCAAAGAUUUCCAGCCGAACAAAGAGUUUCAUCCGAAAAUCGGCCACGAAGAUGAAGACGAAGAUGACGACCAUGGCGACGGUGACGAAGGCGACGACGAUGUUGAUCACCCCAAUUCGUUUCCGUCGAUGCCAGGCUCCUUGCCACGCACCAACGUUGGACACGGACAAGGUCCGCUAGAAGGAUUCUGUCAAGUGUACCGCGGAGCAACGUGUUCCAAGUUUCUAGCCAAUCGCACCAUUUUCGUCCAGUCGUCUCUGACGCAAGGCAUCGUCGAGGAAAAAUUAGCGGCCGCUUUCACCGUUAUCGCACAUUCUGGGGAUCUGUCGCAAAGUUGUGCUGAAUUCGCCGUGCCGUCGCUCUGCUUCGCCGCCUUUCCGCUCUGCGACGACCAGGGGGGUAAACCCGUGCCCCGUCAGCUCUGCCGUGAUGAGUGCGAGGUAUUGGAAAACGACAUCUGCCGGAUGGAAUAUGCCGUCGCCAAGCAACAUCCGCUUAUCGGAGAACAGGUCAUGCUUCCUGAUUGUGAAAAGCUGCCGCCAAUAGGGUCCAAGGGCAGUGAGACGUGUUUCCGUAUUGGAAUUCCUCACAUGGCUCAAAUUGUGGAAGAACAAAGCUGUUACAAUGAAGAUGGCCGUGAUUACCGCGGAAUUGCGAGCCGCACGACCAGUAAGCAAGACUGCCUGCCAUGGAACCGCCAAGCGGCUGUGAAAUCUGCCGACCAUUCUGAGCUAAUCGGUGGCCACAAUUAUUGCCGUAAUCCGGGUGGUGUCGAGGUCCAACCUUGGUGUUUCGUUGCCGGAGUGGAAGGACCAAACUCUCGUCCACGCAGAGAAUUUUGUUCUUUGCCCAAAUGCUCUAUGGGUUACGAUAUCAACUGGCUGUACAUAAUUAUUCCUGCCGCCGCCGUCGGAUUACUUGUGAUUGUCAUUCUCGUCGUCUGCUGCGUCCGCCGAUCGAAAUGCAAAGCCAAAAACUCAUCGGUAAUGAUCAAGGGACCGUACAGCUGUGGCGCUCCCAUACCCAAUGGGGCCGGAUCCAACAUGGCCCGUUUGGCUGGCGUUGGCGGCCAGUCUAAUCAGCAAAUGGAGAUGAAUGCCCUUUUGCCACCAAGUAGCAAUAGCAUGGUUUCGACUUUGCAAGGACAGUCGACACCCAGCCGCAUUCAUGUCCCGGAGAUCUCUUUACACGCUGUGCGGUUCCAGCACGAUCUCGGAGAAGGAGCUUUUGGCAAAGUGUACAAGGGAGAGCUAAUGCACAGCGAGGCGGGAUCGUCCCAUCGAGGCUACGCCAACGAUCAUCUGAUAAGUCCCGGUGGUGUGAUGCCCAUUGCCAUCAAGACGCUGAAAGCAAACGCUUCGGUGAAAACCCAGCAAGAUUUUCGCCGUGAAGUGGAGCUCAUGUCUGAAUUGCGUCAUCCCAAUAUCGUAUGUCUAUUAGGAGUCGUCACACGGGAUCAACCGCAAUGCAUGCUGUUUGAAUACAUGGCGCAGGGAGAUCUCCAUGAAUUUUUGGUAGCUCACUCACCGGCUGGCGAUGGUUCGGUCUCCGGAAUUGGUGCUGGAAGUGACGAUGGAACAGCGAGUACGCUGGAACAAUCGGAUUUCCUAUACAUUGCGAUUCAGAUCGCUGCCGGAAUGGAGUAUCUAGCUAGCCAUCACUACGUCCAUCGUGACUUGGCAGCAAGAAACUGUUUGAUUAGUGACAACCUGAUUGUGAAAAUAUCCGAUUUUGGUCUGUCUCGAGACAUUUACUCGUCUGAUUACUACCGUGUCCAGGGCAAAUCAAUGUUGCCUGUUCGUUGGAUGCCACCAGAAGCUAUUCUAUACGGAAAAUUCACAAUUGAAUCAGAUGUUUGGAGCUUCGGCGUUGUCCUCUGGGAAAUCUACAGUUUUGCAUUACAGCCGUAUUAUGGAUACAAUAACCAAGAUGUCAUCGACAUGGUGCGUUCUAGACAGCUACUCUCUUGCCCAUCAGAAUGCCCGUCACGAAUUUAUUCCUUGAUGAUCGAGUGCUGGUCUGAAGUUCCUCUGAGGAGGCCCACAUUCACAGAAGUUCACAACAGAUUGCGUUCGUGGGAAGGACUGGCAUCAGUUGGAGCUCCCAGCAGUUCCAUUGGAGGACCACCACCAAUCCCGGCUACUUUACCUCCCACCAAUGGAGCUAUGCUCACAAGCAGGAGUCAUUCAGGAAGCCACAGCGGAUCACAGCAUUCAAGUACUGGUCCGAGCAACAAUACGGGAUCAACAAAUUUAAGUGGAGCUUCAGUUCAUCCAAUCAUAAGUGGUGGAAACUUUUAUCACCAGCCGGGAGCGCCUUACUCCCGAGGUCCCGUUAUGAGUCCCGUGCCAAGCGUUGGAGGGAAUAGCGCCAGUUCUACGUACGGCGGCACAUCUAGUGUCACAUCCAGCCUCGGAUGUCAUCCAGCGCACCAACCACAACAUCAACAACAACAAUAUCCAGUAUGCUACGCUCAGAGCAUCGUACCGGGUUUUCACUCAGCGAAUGGCAUCCGACCAAGUGGACCACCUUCUGUCAUACUUCACGGUUCCAGUAAUGGCAAUAACGGAUGGGUGGGUCGUUUCAAUACGUCCAAUGCUGCUUACAGCGGAAGCUCUGAUGGCGGGAAAAUCUGUAAUCUCUAAAGAUCAUAGUAAAAUAACAAAUGACCCAACUUUGUCUCAGUGAAACGUUGACGAAUUCGGCACAAGUUUACGGAGAAAAGAAAGAACUAGUCCCCUACAUUAUUUUAAGGAGAAGGAAACAACACAGCAGCAAAAUAUGGCUGCCCUAUCUACUCGUAUUUAUGUACAGAUCGGACUAAAAGUGUUUUGUCUUUUUUUUUUCAUCGGUACGAACUUUGGUUACCAUAUAUUGUGCAGACAACUGUUUUCUACUAUUUUAUUUUCUAAUAUCGGUCAUAUCUAAAAAAAAAAAUGCAUUCGCGUACGAUAACGGCUGUGUCGGCCGUUGUCGUUGCCCAAGUUUAACCUGUUCAGUUCUAUCGUAACACUUGCUGUAAAAUUACCGCUGCUCCCAAUGUUUGUAAUAGAUUGCACAAGAGCCUAUAAAAGCUUGCCCUCUU